AGAUUGCCCAAGAAGCCAGUGCAAAUUGGCGCUGUAUGCCUCUGGCGACAAGAAAAGUCGACAUUUUGGAUAUCGGAAGGAAGUUACGAACGAGCAGAACGACGAAAAGUGCCCCCAAAAUUGGUAAAUGCUGUAGAAAUUUGUGAAAUAUCAUCAAGUCUGUGUGCUCCAUGUGGCUGGUGGUGUCUAAAUGUGGCGGUAGUGCUGUAGAUACUGAGAAAUAGUUGAUUGAAAAGAAGAGAGUCUCAUUUGCUCUUGGAUAUUGGGCGUAUGCCACUUAUUUGGUGAAAAAAAAUUUGGACGAUAUUUGAGUGUAUUUGCCACCAUUUGCGCCCGGAUACUUCUAUCCAAAUUGCCAGGACGCUUCCCAGAAGUCCAGAAGUUGUGUGUGCAGAGACGCCAAACAAUUGGAUAGGACGGCUGCAAGACGAUUGGUGAACAUUAAAUACUUGCUGAAGUAUUGAGCCAGGAGUGAAGAAAAAGCUCCAUCAAAAAAAUGACUGAGGUUGAACAGCCACAGACAAAUGGCAUUGCCAAUGAAGAAGAGGAGGACAGUAAUAAAACCCGUCCGGCAGAUAUAGAAGCGGAUAUGAAAGAGAUGGAGAGGAGGAAGAGAGUUGAGGCGAUAAUGAAUUCUCGUCUGUUUCGCGAGGAACUGGAACGUAUUGUGGAUGGGCAGCUGAGAGAGGGGCCUUCGGGGAUAUUGCAACAACUGUCGGAUAUGAUGGGUGUUCCGGCUGCACGAGUAGGCAGUGUUUUUAAAAGUUCCAAUUGUGUAUUGCCUAUCAACGAUAUUCGUGGUAUUGAGUCAAUGGGCUAUGCCAAAGGGGAAAAGAUCUUGCGGUGCAAAUUGGCUGCCACAUUUCGUUUGAUUGAUCUCCAUGGAUGGGCACAGGGGUUGUCGGGGCUAGUGACGGCACGUCUCAAUGCCGAUCAGGAGCUCUUCCUUGUCAAUCCAUAUGGAAUGUUUUAUCAUGAAGUAACGGCAUCGUCCCUCAACAAAGUGAAUAUGCAAGGAGUGCUCAUAGAGCAAGGAACUACAAAUUUUGGCAUCAAUAACACACAAUUCGUAUUGCAUUCCGUAAUUCAUGCGGCUCGUCCGGACAUUCGCUGUGCCAUCUUCUUGUGCUGCAAUCCGGUUGUAUCUGUUUCGGCGCUCAAAACAGGUCUGUUGCCGUUGAUCAAAAGCUCAGUGGUGUUGGGUGAGGUUGCGGUGCAUUCGUACACGGGUAGCCUCAAUGAGCCAGAGGAGAGGGAGAAGCUCAUCCGGAGCCUUGGACCAAUUUCGAAGGUGCUCCUUUUGACAAAUCAUGGAGCUAUAUGCUGUGGUGAAACGAUCGAAGAAGCAUUCUAUGCUGCAUACCAUAUUGUUCAGGCUUGUGAAGCACAAUUGAAACUUCUGCCUAUGGGACUUGACAAUGUUGUGUUGAUUCCGGAAGAGAGUCGUAAGGCGAUAUAUGAGGCUUCACGUCGACCACCUGAGGGUUUGGAGGCAAAACAGGUGCAACAGAAUAACAAGGAGAGUGACAAGGAGAAGCAACCACAGGCCAAAUGGCGUGUUGGUGGGGCUGAAUUUGAGGCAGCGAUGCGCAUGAUGGACAAUGCUGGCUUCCGAACUGGUUACAUCUAUCGGAAUCCACUUGUUAAGUCGGAACUGCCUAAGCCCAAGAAUGACGUCGAACUGCCACCGGCUGUUUCAUCAUUGGGUUAUUUGCUGGAGGAGGAGGAACUCUAUCGGCAAGGAGUGUGGAAGAAGUCGGAUUUGCGCAAAGGUGGUGAUAGAUCCAGGUGGCUCAAUUCACCCAAUGUGUACCAGAAGGUCGAAGUGUUGGAAACUGGAACGCCCGAUCCGAAGAAAAUAACAAAGUGGGUAUCGGAAGGUUCUCCAACACAUUCCUCAUCGACUCCGGUAAGAAUUGAGGGUGCACUACAAUUUGUGCCACCCGGUACAAAUCCACGUGAAUUCAAAAAACUUCAGCAGCAGAUUAAGGAUAAUCGGCGUGCUGACAUAAUAUCAGCUGGCCCUCAGUCUCACAUUUUGGAGGGUGUUUCAUGGGACGAGGCAAAUCGCAUCAAAGAUGCCACUGUUUCUGGUACGAGUGAUCAGGUGGUGCUGAUGGGUGCAGCAUCUAAGGGAAUUAUUCAGCGUGGAUACCAACAUAAUGCAACGGUUUACAAGGCGCCAUACGCGAAAAAUCCAUUUGAUUCUGUGACAGAUGACGAAUUGUCCGAGUACAGGAAAACUGUUGAGCGCAAAGCUCAUGGAGAUUACACCGACACGGAUUAUUCGGAAUCAGAGGCCCUUAGCUCACUGCAGACAUCUGGUCCACCGAAGAGCUCAGCCCUAUCGCCUCCCAGUCAAUCGGAUAGUGAGCCUCAGGUCUUGAGAAUAGAAACGAAACAGGCUCCAAAACCCAGCCAGCCAGAAGUUGUACUCAGUGAUGCAAAUGCCGAUUUUCUGAGCAAUGAACGAGCUCACACAAAUAAGAACAAAUCGCCUAGGGGUACAGGCGAGAAUGUACACAACGGCGAUCACUCAGAUGCUCACGUGAGCACAUUUUCGCACAGCAGUAAGGAGGAUGUUUCUACUGAGGGUUCCCCGAAAAAAGACAAGAAAAAGAAGAAGGGCUUGAGGACUCCGUCUUUCUUGAAAAAGAAGAAAGAUAAGAAACGUGUUGAGGGUUAAAUUAUGUUUGUUUAGAAUGUGAAAGAAUGACGCAUUAUAUAAUUAAAGUAAAACUACUAUUAUAUAUAUUUUUUGAUAAUUUAACAUGAUCUACGCGAAGAAUGAAAAAAAAAACGAUUCAAUAAAAGUGUGUAGAGAGGAGAAGAUCAUUGAAAACUUUAAAAGUUUUAUUUUUCUGAGAAAAUUGGAGAAGUAAUAAAAAAAAAUAUAUGGAAAAUAUGAAUGAUAAUGGAACACACAAUAAAUCCAUGGCGAUUUAGCGAUACUCGUAAGAAUUCAAAGGUGCAUUGACAUUCAAAAAGAUAUAAACAAUUUUAUGUGGAGAAUAAAAAAAAACAAAAAACAAAAUAUAGAAAAGAUAGAGAUGGGAAAAAUUGGAGUGAAUAAUAUUGAAUAAUUUAUUGAUGUUUGCCGGGCAAUGAGAAGCAAGAAAAACAAUGCUAAAAAACACUGAAAUUAUGAUUGCAAUAUAUUGUUAACAGCACUCUCUCAGCAUUAAAAUGUAGGAAAAGAUCGCAUGAUUCUACAAAAAAACAGAUGUAAUAAUGUAGAAAACCAUUCCAAGGUAUUUUCACAAAUUUGAGAAGAAAAAAAUAAAGAAUAUUAAAAUUGGUACGAAUAAUAUAGGGAGUAAUUCGUCCAAAAGAGAUCGUGAAUUAAAAAAAAAAAACAAUCCAUUUGAAAAAAAUAUAUAAAGAAAAAAACUGCUGAUUAAUGUGUUCUGGUCAAUUGUUGAAUAGAAAUAACAAAUUUGAAAUGCAAUUCAACAGAAGAUUCUGCAGAUAACAUCUCGGAAAUAAAUUGCAUAUUUAAUAAAUAAUUUUAUUCAUUGGUUCUGAAUAGAUAAGGAACAUAUUUAAUUGUAGAAAAUAACGCGAAUGAUAAAACAAUACAUCUUUUUCUAACGAUUUAAUUGAGUUAAUUUGUUAGAAAUUUUUAAAUAUAUUUUCAAUUAAUUGCUACUUUAAAUGUUUUUUUUACGUACAAACAAAAAUGAUUCAUUCAUUUAAAUUUCAAUUUAUGACGUCUAGUUUUUUUUUAAUGUUCUACAAACACGAAACCCAAGUGAGAAGAUAAAUUUAUAAUAUGAGAUGAAAAUACAACAAAAAAAAACUGCCAUCUUAUGAACUUAUUAAUUAAAUUGCAAGGAGGAAGAAAAAAAAAAAGAUUUCACACUUUUUACAGAAAAUUACUUCGAAUUCAUAAAUUAAAAAAAAUAAUAACUUUUAAAAGCUAGGAGAAAAAUUAAAGUUAAAAAUUGUUGUAAUGACACGAUUUUAGUAAUUGAAGUAGAUUGCCUAAAUAAAAUGUUUCCAAUUUGUCUUAUUAAUUAUAAAGAAUUAAUAACAUACAAUACAAAAGAAAAAGUCCUCGGAAGAGCGCCUCAGAAUACGUUAAUAAUAACUGUUUAGAUAAAAAUACAUCACACAAGGUUCUUCUUCAUUUUUACGCUGCAAUUUGAGAAGAAUUUGAAAUUACUCUCUGAUAUGUACUCGCUUACAUAAAAUGAAUUAACUAGCAAAUAAACUAUUGAUUAUAGAGUUAGGGAAGUAAUAUUGAAAAGGAUGGUAAGAUUGAGUAAUUAUGUAAAAUUCUAUUAUUCGCUGUUCUCUAUAAUUGGUAAAUUAAUAUAUAUUUUUUAUUUUAUUUUUUUGAAAACACUGAAAUUUUUUAUAAAAUAUAAAAUUGAUGCAAAAAGUGUGUUACAAAAAAAAAAUAAAAGAGAAAAUAAAUUGGAAUAAUUAGGAGCUUGCGCAGAGCACUUAUUUUUGCUAAAUUGAAUACUAAUUAGGUGAUAAGAGAAAUGAUGAAAAAAAAAUGAAUGAAAUAUGCUUUCAAAACUAAUUUUUCCCCAUGGCAAGUGUGCUAAAUCUUGUGAGAAAAGUCAUAAAAGAUAAAUGUUCUUAUAUUGCUUUUAUGUUCUGUUUCGUUGCUCUUCUUAUUCGAUGUCAACGUCUGAGGGUAAUUGUGUCCUUUCUGUUGCUACAAUUUAAUAUCUCUUAGCAAUGACAUACAUUUGACUAUAAGAUAUUACAUAAGAAUCACAUCUUUUAAUCCAUCAUACGACACACACAAUCUGAAUUUGAAAAUGAAAAAAAAUGAAGAAAAAAAAUAAUCAUCAAGUAUAUUUUUUAGGACCUUGAUGGAAACUUGCCUAAGUGAAAGCGAUAUAAACGAUAUUGGUAUGAUAAAACAAUAUUUUGAGAAAAUUAUGUAAAAUAGUAAUAAUUCGAUAAAAGUUUAUUAUUACUUUUAUACUAUUUUCUGUUAUCACAUUAUUUUAUAAAAUUGUGAAACGACUUUUUUUUUAUUUACACAUUAUAUUUUUGCUUUCAUUGUACAGCUAAUAAAUUAGAGUUGCAGAGUU